AUGCGUCGGGACUCACCAGCACGUCGUCUCCAAUCAAAGGUAUUCUGCCAUAGACAAACAAAUGCGGUUGGUAUUGGCACUGAAUACGAGGAGAGGAUCGCCUUCCUUGACCAUCUCCUACAGUUGCAGUAUGACAAGCGCAUCAGACCUCACUUCAGACAAGGGAAACCGACAGUGGUGAAAGUUGACGUUUUGUUUAGUGCUAUAACAGAUGUGGAUGAUGCUUCAAUGGACUUUACCGUCAACUUUUUUCUACGACAGAGAUGGGAUGAGCCACGCUUGGCUUUUAACUCUACAAGCACCAGUAUGAUGACUUUAUCUGAAGUACUUAAACAGUAUAUAUGGGUGCCAGACUUGUACUUUGCCAACGAGAAGACAUCGUUUUUUCAUAUCAUCACAACUCCAAACGUAAUGAUCAGAAUCUCCCCGCAGGGACAAAUACUGUAUUCUCAAAGGUUGUCAGCAACCCUCAACUGUGAAUUUCACCUCUUGAGGUUUCCAAUGGAUGAUCAAACAUGUCGAAUACAGAUGGAAAGCUACGCUCAUUCAACAGACGACUUAAUAUUCGAGUGGCUGAACAUAGAAUUCAAUUCGAAUAUUGAUGAGACCCUUCCAGAAUUUGAAGUUACCAAUAUCACCAGUGGAGAUUGCACUGCGGUUUAUUCUACAGGAGCUUUCACCUGCUUGUAUCUAGACAUUCAUUUGUCAAGGGACCUGGGUUUCUACCUUCUCAGCGUGUAUCUGCCCAGCACAGUCACUGUUGUUCUGGCAUUUGUCAACUUUCUGAUCGAUGCGACAGCGGUGCCCGCCAGAACAACCGUUGGUAUCGUCACAAUCCUCUCACUGACCACUCAGAGUGUCACGGUUCAAGAUCGUCUGCCUAAGGUCUCCUAUAUUAAAGCUAUAGACGUUUGGCUAGCGGCUUGUUUAGUUUUUGUCGUUGGUUCAAUGCUGGAGUAUGCAGUUGUGAACGUGUUGCUGCAGAAGGACGCCCGGGAGAAAAAGAUUGCACUUGAACCACGGCAGACUCUCCAGGAGAAACAAAAUGCUAACUGGCAAACGCUUGUCAACAAAAUGAAUAUCGAAUCCAGGCCAGAAUCAAGCAGUUCAACCACUUCUUUAAAAGACUGGAACACGUGCACCAAUUGGCUGUCCGCAGUACGCUGUGGAAAGCACAAAAGCAAAUUAUAUGUUGCAGAAAAGAUUGAUUAUUAUUCAAGAUAUGUGUUUACAGGGGGAUUUCUCAUUUUUAACUUGAUCUACUGGGUGGUGUACUUUGAGUUAUUUUGA